GGCGCUCAUUGAUAAAGCGGUGAGCUCCUCCGUCUUUUUCCACCUUCAGCCAUUUUGACCAUGUUAGGAGCUGUGGGACGGUGCUGCACUGGGGCUUUGCAGGCUUUUAAGCCUGGCUUCAAGCCUCUCAAGGCUUUCGUCGGAUCCCCAGCCGUUCUCUCACGCAGAGACUAUGUUGCACCGGCAGCUGCUGCUAGUGCUGCCACCAGCGGGCGCAUUGUGGCUGUCAUCGGUGCCGUUGUAGACGUCCAGUUUGAUGAGGCCCUUCCACCCAUCCUCAAUGCCCUGGAAGUCGCUGGCCGUGACUCCAGGCUUGUCCUGGAGGUGGCACAGCAUCUUGGGGAGAACACUGUGCGUACCAUUGCUAUGGAUGGUACUGAAGGUCUUGUUCGUGGACAGAAGGUGCUGGACACUGGUGGCCCUAUUAGAAUCCCAGUGGGUCCUGAGACGUUAGGCAGAAUUAUGAAUGUUAUUGGUGAACCAAUUGAUGAGAGGGGUCCCAUAACCACAAACAGUGAGUUAGUUAGUUAUGCACUGCAUUUUGACAGCCCUGAGUUCACUGACAUGAGUGUGGAGCAGGAGAUUCUGGUUACUGGUAUUAAAGUGGUUGACCUGCUGGCUCCAUACGCCAAAGGAGGAAAGAUUGGUCUGUUUGGAGGUGCUGGUGUGGGAAAGACUGUGUUGAUUAUGGAGCUGAUUAACAACGUGGCCAAAGCCCAUGGUGGUUACUCCGUCUUUGCUGGUGUGGGAGAGCGGACCCGUGAGGGAAAUGACUUGUACCAUGAAAUGAUUGAGUCUGGUGUCAUCAACCUGAAGGAUACUACCUCCAAGGUGGCCCUGGUGUACGGACAGAUGAAUGAGCCCCCCGGUGCCCGUGCCAGAGUGGCUCUGACUGGACUGACUGUGGCAGAGUACUUCCGUGACCAGGAGGGUCAGGAUGUGCUGCUCUUCAUUGACAACAUCUUCCGCUUCACACAGGCUGGCUCUGAGGUGUCUGCCCUUCUGGGUCGUAUCCCCUCUGCUGUGGGUUACCAGCCCACCCUGGCCACUGACAUGGGUACCAUGCAGGAAAGAAUCACCACGACAAAGAAGGGUUCAAUCACCUCUGUGCAAGCCAUCUAUGUGCCUGCAGAUGACUUGACUGACCCUGCUCCCGCCACCACCUUUGCUCACUUGGAUGCCACAACUGUGUUGUCCCGUGCUAUUGCUGAGUUGGGCAUCUACCCUGCUGUUGAUCCCCUGGAUUCUACUUCUCGUAUCAUGGACCCCAACAUUGUUGGUGCAGAGCACUAUGAAGUUGCCCGUGGUGUACAGAAGAUCCUUCAGGAUUAUAAGUCCCUGCAGGAUAUCAUUGCCAUUCUGGGUAUGGAUGAGUUGUCGGAGGAGGACAAACUGACUGUAGCCCGUGCCCGCAAGAUCCAGCGUUUCCUAUCGCAGCCCUUCCAGGUGGCUGAGGUCUUCACGGGCCACUUGGGGAAGCUGGUGCCCCUAAAGGAAACAAUCAGUGGCUUCAAGAGCAUCCUUGCUGGUGAGCAUGAUUUUCUGCCUGAGCAGGCCUUCUACAUGGUGGGCCCCAUCGAGGACGUUGUUCAGAAAGCGGACAAGCUUGCAGAGGAGCACGCGCAGUCAUAAACAGUAA